AUGUCGGGAAUACUAGAUAAGGCGAAAGACAUGAUGGGAGGGGAUAGCGAUGACGAGAGCAAGGGGGAAAAGUAUAAACAUCACAAAGAUGAAGACAGAGACGAAGGCAUGAUCCAUAAGAUCAAGGAUAUAAUCAUUGGCGAUAAAGACGACAAGCAACAUCAUAGAAAUUUUCACGAUGAUGAUUAUGAUCAUAAGCACAAGGAAGAAAGGAUAAUGGGUAUGAGUAAAGACAAAUUUCACGGUGACGAUGAUGAUCGUGACUUUGAUCGUAAAAAUAAAAGUGGCGAUAAACAUCAAAAGAAAGAUAAAGACAAUAAGCAUCACAAGAAAGACAAAGAGGAUAAGCACAAUAAGAAAGCUGAUCAUAAGUACAAGGAAGAAGGCAUAAUGGGUAUGAUCAAAGUCAAAUCCUACAAUGAUAAUGAUAAUUAUGUCCAUGAUCAUGACCAUCAUGAUAAUAGUCGUAGUUGUGACAACAAUCGAGAUAUUGAUCGCCAUCGUGAUAGUAGUCGUGGUCGUUGUGAUAGUGGUAGUGACCGUGAUAGUAACCAUGGUUGCGAUGGAGAUAAGAAAAAAGAGAAGGGAAAAAAGUAUAAAGACGGCCAUAGAAGUGAUAGUGAUAGUGAUCGUGAUCAUUAG